UAAUUGAUGUCAAACAUCUGUAUAAGCUGGAGGAAACUGUCAAAGUGAAAAUCGUCCUGUUUGACCAAAAGAAAAGACCUAAAUCUCGUGGAGGUGAUAUGGUAGUAGUUUGGAUGAAAGACAUGAAGAAUGGCGCUGCUUCCGCCGGAAUUGUAAAGGAUCAUGACAACGGGACGUAUACAGGUAUUCUGCGCACCUUGUGGACCGGAAGAGCAGCAAUGAAGGCAGCUGUUAUUACAUCCAAGGAACGAAUAGACUUUACAUAUGACAUUUUACGCAAAGGAUACCAGGGGAAGUCAAUUAAUUGUAUAUUUAGGUCAACUAGGGCAGUUGAGACUACAAAUGGAUACAUGGACAUUAACAAUAUGAAAACAGACAAUCUUUGCAAUUUCACCAGUCAGUACCAUGGUGUUCCAUUCUAUUGUGGCAAACCUAAAGGAGAGGGAUUGCGAUGCGUAGACUGGACACAAGUGUCUUGCAGAUUGAAGAAAAUGACUCUUAGCUCAAACGAGCAAUGGUUUUAUGAAUCUAGGGCCUCAGAAAACCUUCCUGAUGUCAUCAAUAUAACUAUUGGUCAUGUUGAAGGUGAUACCGCAUCUGCAUCUCGGCCAUGUUACCUGCAGGACCCUCGGAACACCUGGCGUGCCACCCCUCCUGUUGGGUUUUCUUAUCAACACACAUGGCGCCCUCUAUCAUGUUUUAGCAACAUCAAAACUACAAAUAGCUACCAUCACUGCCUAGCGAAUAGAACAUUGAGACUGUAUGGUGACUCCACUGAUGGAUGUAAGCCCCAAACCACUCAGUUCGGGAUGUGGGGUCCUGUGUAUGAGAACAUUCUGAAACAAGAGUUUGUUGGUAUCAACAACCGGGUGGUUUACCUCGACUUCUGGGAUAUGACAGUUGCUCUGGAAUCUACAGCUAAUCACCCAAGUUCGCAGAUCGUGAAAACGAUGCUGGAUAUGUUCUUCGGAUACGUUUGUAAAACUGAGCUGAAUUGA